AUGAAAAUAGUUGUUAAAUAUUUCUACACCAUUUGCUAAUAGGAAUAAAGAAAAGAAACAAUCCGAUAAAUGAUAGCUGAAUACUUUGAUGAUAAUAUAGAAUUUGAUAAAGAAAUUUUCAAGGAUUAUCAAGAGUUCUUACAAUUCAUUUUCCCUUUUAGACCAAAGAGUCUAAAUAAACUUGGAGAAACUAAGAAUAUUAAAUAUUGUAAUAUUCUAAUAUAACAAUUAAUUGAAACUUAAUAAAUAAUGGAUACUAUGUUAAUUGAAUAGAGGAAAGAGUUAAGUUAAUCAGAAAUUUUAAAAAUUUAUAAAGAGAUUGACACAACAUCAGAUGGUUUCAUAGAUGUUAUAAAGUUAAGAAAAUACUUAUAAUAACAAUUUAAUUAUUAAACAUCAAAUGAGGAUUUGAUUUAUAUAUUUAGAAGGAUGGAUAAAGAUGAAGAUGGAUUCAUAAGUAUGGCAGAAUUUAUAGAUGAGUUUACAUUUGAAAAGUAAUAGAUUUCUUAGAUGUCAACUAUGGCAUAAACAAGAUAACAAUCAUAAGUAUCAUCAUAAACAUAAUUUGUACCUCCAUACUCUGAAGAUUGUAAAGAAUUUGCAUUAUUCAUUAAUAAAUUACAAAAAAUAUAAGUAAUAGAUUAAGAGGAAUUGCUUAAAUUGAAAAGAUAAUUCAUAAAAUAGAAAAAGCAAUCUUUUUUGAAUUUAUUUGAAGAUAUAGCCCAUUCAAUUUAUUUAGAUCAUCGUGAUCUUCUUAAUUUAUUAUAAUAGUAAUUAAUUUCUUAUAACAUAUUUAGUUUUAAAAUAAAUGUUAGCUGUGAUUUAGAAAGGAUAUGUAAAUUAUUUAAUGAGGAUAAUCCAGAUUAAAUAUGUUUUCAAGAUUUUCUAAAUUUUUUUACUUUUUGA